AUGAAUAGUCCAUCAUAUUCAUCAUGGGAAAAUGUUCAAUCAGUUGGCUGUUCAAUAUCAUUAACGCCGCCGAUAGUAAUGUUAACAGUCAACGAUUAUCUUGAUGGUUUACAUUGUCUACAUGAAGCACAAAAAGUAAAUGCAACAACAGAAGAAAUUAUAUCUAAAUUACGCCUCUAUCUAGAAGAUAAAGUCGGUGGUCAACAGAUUCUCAACACGAUUUUAACACUUAUAAAAAGAGAAAAAGUGAUUGAUUUUUCUAAUAAUAAAGAAUUUAACUAUUGUACUAGUUUAUUACCACUUUUUAUGGUAUUUAUUUGUCUAGAAACUUCAUUUAUUGAACAAAAGUAG